AUGGAGAUGCAAAGAGGGGACCAUCUAAUGAGAGAAAGAGGGCCCCUCUUAGCGGAAGAAAGAGGCCUCCUCUUAGUACACUCAUCUUAUAGAUGGGGAAUAUCUUUACAAUAUAUCCAAAAGAUAUCUAAUGGUAUGUCUUAUGAUGAAAGAGGAGGAAUACAUGAGAAAAAGGAAGCAAUAGAUAUUAAAAGGACAUCUAUAGGCCAUGAUUU